AUGUCGUUGCUGCAUCUGUCCGUCUUCUGGUCCCACCAUAUUGACCUUGAUCUCUAUUUUCGACAGAUUACCGAACUCCUCUCUGCUACCUUUCUCGACCCCCUCCCAGCACCAUCAACCUCGUUCACUCCACCACCCCCAGCAACGACCCUCUCCAACCUCUUGACCUCCCUCCACACCCACAUCCUCUCCCUUCCCGACCUCGCACCUCUUCCCGUCGACUCGGCCGUCCAAAGAUUAUCACCCCACGUCAUCCCCUUUCUCGAACCCGCUCCGACGAGCAAGACCGUCAAGUGGACGUUAGGUUGGGAAAAGCCGAAAGAGGUGUUGAUCUGUGGAGAUUGGAGCUUGAUGGGUCAUUAUCGGAGGGGCAAGAAGAACUCGGUGGUCGAGCUGAAUGCUAUCGACAUGGCCGUCGUCAUGCCCGAUUCCCUUUUUACCGUCAAAGACCGGACGGCCAACCGGUAUUUUCAGAAACGGGCUCAUUACCUUACCGUGAUCGCCUCGUCAAUCUCGACCUUGAUCUCGAGCAAGAGCGACGGAUCGAAAAAGGGCAAAAAGGGGACAAAUGCUGGAAAUGACGGGAUGGACGAUAUAUGGAAGAGCAUGACGGUCGGGUGGGAGUGGGUAGGCGGGGAUGAACGGAGAGCUGGAUUGGUGCUCACCGUACCGAAGAACAAGUCUCUCGGUCUCAAACACACCUAUACCAUCCGACUCCUGGCUUCCAUAUCUCCCGACCUCUUCCCUCUGUCCACCCUAUACCCUUCAAAAUCCAACCUGCGUAUUCAGUCUUACGAACAAGACACCGACUCGCUGGAAUCCAAACCGACCCCCAUCUACAACACCUCGAUCCUCCUCGACGCAUCCCACAAAUCCCACCUCCUCUACAUGCACUGUCUACACAAAUCCUGCCCGUCCUUCCGAUCGGCCUUGGCGCUCUGGAGGAUCUGGGGCGACCGACGUGGACUAUCGACGAGGUCCGGAGGGGGUGCAGUAGGGUGGAGUUGGUUGGGAAGCGUCGUACUCGGGUUCAUCGUCGAUGGGGGUGAGGUGGCGGUAAUUAACAAGGGCGAGGUAUCGACGAGAGCGAGGAAAGGGCUGGGAAGGGGGUUGAGCGAGUGGCAAAUGUUGAGAGCGGGUUGGGAGUUGUUAUCUUCGACCGAUUUCGCCAAGACGCCCAUCUUCCAAAAGUGUACCACAGGCGAUAAGAUCCCGGCUAUGGAAUUCGUCAAGGCGUUUGACAACAUCUUGGUGGAUCAUUCGGGUAGAAUCAACGUGUUCAGCGGAUGGGAAAAGGGAGAAGUUGACCUGCUGCGACACCACGCCCGAAUCACGUUGAGCAUGCUCGCCCAUACUGGCUCGUCGGACAGGUUCGACGAGGUCUUUCUACGGAAUGUCGGUUCGGCAGUGUUGCAAUUUGACGAGACUUUUACUCUCGCGGCCCUAUCGAGUCGACCAGGUAGCAAUCCCGAUCAUGCGAGUGGAAUGCGGGCCUCUGUCCACAGCCUCGCUUCGUUGUUGCGACGAGGUUUGGGCAGGCGUGCAACGGUCAUCGCUAGCAGCGAUAGUCAGGAUGGGCCUGUGCAGAUCGGUCUCCUGUUGAACAAGGAGCACGCUUUCAACAUCCUGGAUCAAGGUCCUCCUUCGGAAGAUGCUGCCGGUUCGGAAGCGUUCCGACAAUUGUGGGGAUCGAAAUCCGAGCUGAGGAGGUUCAAGGAUGGUCGGAUCACCGAGAGUGUCGUUUGGAACGCUCAGCGGCCAGAGGAACGAGCUCUUAUCCCCGGACAGGUCGUCCGAUGGUUGUUGGCGACCCACUUCAACGCCGACGAGGACGAAGUCACUUGGCACAGCCCGGACUACCUACCUAUGACCCAGAUCCCCAAUUCGGCACAUCGCUUGAUCCAUGCCGAAGGGUCUGAGAAGCUAGGGUUCCGUCCUGUUAUGGAGGCUUUCGACAGCCUGUACAAGGUUAUCAAGGCCGCGGACGAUGACUUGCCAUUGGCGGUUCUGAACUUUUCGCCCAUGUCGCCAGCAUUACGGUACAGCAGCACGUUCAUCCCUUACCCGGUCGAUCUGGCUCGAGCGGCAUCUGCACCAGAGUGUGUGCGGUACAUGCCCGUUGUCGACGUGUUGAUCCAAUUCGAAAGUUCGCGGAAAUGGCCGGACGACCUGGUCGCGAUCCAGAAGAUCAAGCUAGCGGUACUGGCCAAAACGGCCGAAGUGCUCGAGAGGAAGCUUCAAAACGCUGAAGUAUCGGUCGUGGUCGACCCAUAUGCACCGGACGUACAAGACAGCGCCUCCCUCGAGGUCAUCAUGGGAAGUGGACACGCCUUCCAUCUGCACAUUCAACACGACCGAGAACGAACGCUUCUGGAGAGGAUGAUCGAGGAUGCGGAUACUCCUUCAGAAAAGCUCAGAAAGAUCGCUCAGGAUGCUUUCGAUUUGCACUAUCGUCGAUACAGUGCCGCGCCUCGCCAUCACGGAGCAGUCGUCACCCUGCAUCACAUGUACCCUUCAUUCGCCUCUGCCGGUCGAUUGCUCAAGCGAUGGGUGGCAAGUCACUUACUCUCGGCACACUUCCCUGAAGAGAUGCUCGAGCUCGUCAUGGCCUCGGUCUACCUUGAUCCCGGGGCUCAUGAGGUACCUACCACCGCUCACGCCGGGUUCGUGAGGGCUAUUGAGGUCCUGGCACAUUGGGAUUGGAAGGCUGCACCCUUGUACGUGCCGUUGUACACUGCCACGCGGGACCACGACCAAGACACUUCGGUGGGAUUGGUCUCAUUCCCGGAAGGCCUUCGGCGUCAAGCCGAGUCGAGCUUCGAAGCAAUCCGCAAGGUGGACAAGGAGUUGCACAAAUCUACUAUGGUCGUUGUGACAGAGCAGGAUCUCAUCGGACGGGCAUGGCUGCCACUUGGAUUGCCUCAUCGCUUGAUCGCUUCCCGACUUGUCACACUGGCGCAGGCAACGCUGGCGGCGCUGCAAUCUCCAUCGCUGAACGUACAGAACCUGUUCGUCACGGAUCUGACCGAGUAUGACUUUGUUCUGCACCUCGACCCGCGCCACAACCCUCGAACCGCCGAAAGUAUCGCGGCCCGGACCGACGCACAAGUCUCCAAGCUGUGGGAAGGACACAUCCGCAACCAGGCUGUUGCCGGAUUAGCUGCUAAUACGGUCAAGGCUGGCUUUGACCCGGCCUCCAUGUUGUUGGCCGACCUGCAGCGAACGUACGGCGAACAAGCCAUCUUCUUCUACGACAAGCAUGGAGGACAGGUCAUCGCCGGGCUCUGGAACCCGGACGCGUUGCAACAUCGCAACUUCAAGCCUUUCCUUGGAUACAGCGUAAAGCCGGUGGCAAGCGCUGCCAAAAAGGUUUCGACUAUGACAGAUAUCAAUAAGGAAAGCAUCUUGAGCGAGAUCGGUAGGCUUGGGCAUGGGCUCGUGUCGCGCGUCGAGGUUUUGCAGCACGAAUGA